ACAAACAAGACAGAUACAGAGCCAUGGGAAGCAGCUUACUUGUAUCUAGUGUAGCUAAGAGAUUGGAAGGGAAAGUAGCUCUAAUCACCGACGGCUGCGGUGGUCUCAGCGCGGCAACGGCGAAGCUCUUCCUCCAACACGGAGCCAAAGUGGUGAUCGCGGACGUCAAUCACCACUCUCUCCCCGUUGGCGACGGGACGUCCUUCGUCCACUGCGACGUGACGAACGAAUUCCACGUUCAGAGCGCAGUGGACGAAGCCGUUUCCAAGCACGGCAAGCUCGACAUCAUGUUCAACAACGCUGGAAACUUGGACCGGGUGGGCCGCGGCAUUGUAGACUGCACCCAGGCCGACUUCGAGCACGUGCUCCGCGUCAACGUUGUCGGCGUCUUCCUAGGCACCAAACACGCCGCGCGUGUCAUGAGACGCGGCGGUGGCGGCGCCAUCAUCAACACGGCGAGCGUGUGCGGCGUGGUGGGAGGGGUGGCGACGCACGCAUACACGAGCUCGAAGCACUCGGUGGUGGGCCUGACGAGGAAUGCCGCGGUGGAAAUAGGGCGGUACGGGAUCAGAGUGAACUGCAUGUCGCCCUUCGUGUUCCCGUCAAGGAUGUCGAGGUCGUUGAUGGGUCGGGCGGAGGAGGAUCCGAUGGAUGAUGUCAAGUUGCAUCUUAUCGGAAAGAAGCUCGAGCCAGAGGAUGUUGCUGAGGCGGUUGUUUAUUUAGCGAGUGAUGAAUCGAGGUGUGUGAAUGGGCAUAAUUUGAUUGUGGAUGGAGGCUUUGUUGGAAGAGAUAACAAAGUUGGUCAAGCCGCUGCAUACCAAGUUGAUCAAGCUGUUGGUCAAGCCGCUGCAUGCCAAGUUGAUCAAGCUGGAAGAGAUAACAAAGUUGGUCAAGCCGCUGCAUGCCAAGUUGAUCAAGUUGUUCGUCAAGCCGCUGCAUGCCAUGUUGAUCAAGCUGUCGAUCAAGCCGCUGCAUGGCGAGUUGAUCAAGCUGCUGCUUGCAAUGCUGAGAUUACGCGUGAUAAACAAGUCAUCAACUCCAGACGAGCCAAGGCGACAGAAAAGAUAAAAGAGACGACAAAGGCUGUUGUACCAAAAGAACCAAUCCGAGAGCUCACACGAGCUACAACUGUGAUUGAGCCAAGCAUGCUAGCUAAGGUGGAGGACCACCGUUGUACUUGGAGAGACGUGUUGCUCAAUGGAAUGAAGAAGAGAGAGAUUUUGCAGAGUUUGUUAAAGUAGACUAGUACAAUAUUUAGAGUUUGUUAAAGUAGAUUAGUACAAUGUCAUAGAGUGAAGAAUAUAUGUAUUGUAACUUGUUACAUUCGGUGCAAUGAAAAAUGCUGAUUUGAGA